AUGGUGAAUCUAUUAUCUCGUUUCUUACUUUUUUCUCUAUCAUUGCAUUGUUAUGUGGCUUGCUUAGCUGCGAAUACAAAAAACAUCACAACUGAUCAACAUGCUCUUCUAGCAUUCAAAUCACUAAUUACUUCAGACCCUUAUGAUAUGUUGUCUAAUAAUUGGUCAACUGCAUCUUCUGUAUGCAAUUGGGUUGGUGUAACUUGUGACGAGCGUCACGGUAGAGUCCAAAGUUUGAUUCUCCAAAAUAUGAGUCUUAGAGGUACCGUUUCCCCAAACUUGGGGAAUCUGUCCUUUCUUGUUAUACUUGACCUCAAAAACAAUAGCUUCGGUGGUCAGCUUCCUACAGAGUUAUGUCGGUUGCGCCGAUUAAAGAUUCUUCAUAUCAGCUAUAACGAGUUUGAAGGGGGGAUUCCUGCAGCGUUAGGGGACUUAUCACAACUUGAAUAUUUGUAUCUUGGCGUUAACAAUUUCAGUGGUUUUAUUCCCCAAUCUAUUGGUAACCUUCAUCAGUUGAAAGAAUUGGAAAUAGAUCGGAACAAGAUGUCUGGACCCAUACCUCAAACAAUUUUAAACAUGUCUUCACUUGAACAUAUCAAUUUAGCUGUUAACUACUUUUCAGGUACUCCUAGCUCUAAUAUUAUGUGACAUACUUUGUAUAUUUUUUGUAUUCAUACGAUUCAUGAUUUUAUAAUUUCAGUAUAUAGGAUUUAUUACUCCUACUGUUCCACACUA